AUGUUGCGGGCGAACAGCAUGCCCUUGAGAUCAAAAGUUGCAGCCUCUAUCCUUUCGAUCAUCGCACUGGUCUCAUGGGUGGGAAUUCUCUAUGGAAACCCAGGUCGCCCGGAAGCUGUGGUAGACCUAGAGACGGGGGAUGCAUUCCUAGACAUGAUGGACAAGAACUUUGACGAUGACGACAAGGUUCAGCUCAAGGCAUCGAAAGUGAAGGCGAACCACCAACAGCUUAGCUGGCAGCACACCCCUGAAUCAGCGACAUGGCCGUCAGAGAAGAAUCCUCUCAAGGACUGGGACGAAGACUUCGAGGGAGUAGAGGCUGGUUUCCCGACGACGACAGGAAGCGCUGAUUGGCCCUUCACCAAGAACCCUCUCCUCGGGUUCGAUGCUGAGUUCGGGGCCGAGCACAAGGCGAACCCCUGGAAGGGCUGGCAGGUUUCUCGAGACCAAACUUUUAGGAUCAAGUCCAAACUACCCGGACUGGCAGAAUUCAGGAGGGUUGAAGGAGAACAAUGUGUUUGA